AUGGAUCCAAUCAUUCCCAGAGCCCUGAAGAGAGGGGACACAGUUGCCUUUGUCAGUCCCUCGGCACGUCUAAAUGAUAUCCUGCCCAGCCCUCUCGAGCGCGGAAGAGCAUACAUCGAGUCUCUAGGCUUCAAAGUGCGGGUUUUCUACACAGCCUUUGCAGCAGGCGUUGGCAUUGCCAAAUCGAUUCGAAACCGCUGCGAAGAGCUUCAUUCGGCUUUCCGCGACAGUACCAUCACCGCCAUUAUUUGCACGAUGGGUGGCGAUCAUGCCAAUGAGGUGCUACCGUUUCUCGACUAUGCCCUAAUCAAAUCAAAUCCUAAGAUUUUCGUUGGAUACAGUGACACAACGUUCCUCCACUAUGCGAUCACAUCUCGCACGGGCUUGCGCACCUUUUACGGACCAUCCAUCUUGACGGACUUCUCCGACUUUCCAUCACCCAUGCAGUUUACUGUCAAUCACUUUUUACAUGUUCUGAUGAAUUCAGAGCCAAUAGGCCCUCUACCUCGCUCGCCUGUCUCCUCGGUAGAACACCCGGAUUUUCUUCUCGGCGAAGAGGCCUCCGAGAAACCGCGCGAGACUGCCGUAUCGCCUUCAUGGCGUUGGCUUCGCAGCGGUCGUGCUACGGGGCAGCUCUACGGGGGUACUGUAACCUGUGUUGUGCGACUUCAGGGAACUAAAUACGCUCCUGGUUCGUGGAAGGGGAAAAUCCUAUUCCUGGAGACUUCUAUGGGCGAGGAUAUAACCCAUCCUUAUUCCGUCACCGAUUUCCGGAGCAACUUGAUUGAUCUUGCGUUAUCGGGUGCGUUGCACGAUAUCAGUGGAAUGGCCAUCGGGAGAGGUUAUAAGUAUGAUCGUCAAAUGCAGGAUGAGAUCGCUGGGAUUGUUGGUGAGAUUUUUGAUGUUAUUGUUCCCCGAGAGCCUGGGGAGCUGCCGGUCGUGAUGAAUGUUGACUUUGGUCAUACGAGCCCGCUUUUGACUUUACCUAUCGGUGCGCUCGCUCGAAUGGACUCUUAUGCUGAUGAGUUCGUGAUUUUGGAGCCAGGCGUGCAAGCCUAG